GGCCGAACGCGUUCGUCUCCCCCUCGCAAGGCCGCUCGCAUACCCACACAAUGUUCCGCUCAUCCCUCACCAAAACCGUUCUCAACGCUACUCCCCGCACCAGCCGCGUUGUCGCUCGGCCGCUUGCACGCGGAUACCACGAGAAAGUGAUUUCGCACUACGAGCAGCCCAGGAAUGUGGGAUCAUUGCCCAAGAACGACGUUGAUGUCGGCACAGGACUCGUCGGUGCACCUGCAUGCGGCGAUGUCAUGAAGCUGCAAAUUCGGGUUGAUGAGAACGGUGUUAUCUCGGACGUGAAGUUCAAGACGUUCGGCUGCGGCAGUGCUAUUGCAUCUAGCUCAUACAUGACCGAGCGGGUUAAGGGACUGUCGCUGGAGGAGGCGGAAAAGAUCAAGAACACAGAGAUAGCGAAGGAGCUGUGCCUCCCGCCUGUAAAGCUUCAUUGUUCGAUGCUCGCAGAGGAUGCUAUUAGGUCCGCCAUUCGUGAUUACCGGUCAAAGCGCACGAAGGUGUCCAACCCGAAACAGGCCGGUUACAUCGACGUCUCUCAAAGCUCGGCGACAGGCGAAACCGUGGCAACAGCCCAUGCUCCGUCUGCGUAA